CGGAGAGAGCAAGAGAAAAGGAUGCUAUGACUGACUGGCUGCCGCCUCAGGAAUCUCCAGCUGCCCUUGCUCUCCCCCCGUCAGUAACUGAAUAUAUAGAUACAUAUAUAUAAUUUAAACAUAUUGAUCUCUCUCGCACACAUUACCCGCAGCAGCAACAACGCACCUGGGCCCCUCGUUUCUGCUGCCAGUUGCACACAGAUUGCGGACUUAAACCUCGUUGUAAAGAACCAGCCCAGAACUUUGCGCCGAUCGCACUCUCCGCUGCGGGCUCGGGGAUUGACUUUUGAGUUCGCCGAUCACGUUUAGCUCUCAGAUGCCUCUGUAAUUCCCAGCCAAGACUCCGCAGUGUGUGUGUGUGUGUGUGAACAACACCAACUGGCGGCAUUUCUCUCCACACUUCUUGUUCGAUCUUGGACUUUGCCUCUCCGAUUCCGGGACUUUGUCACUUCUCUCUCUCCCCCCCCCACACCUCCCCACCCACCCUCACCCCCCCCCCCCCGCUCUUGCCCCGGAGGACAGUGAAUGAGAAGACGGGUCAUCUGAAGCUGCAAACUUUGGAGAAAGAACGAGGCAGCCGAGUUGCUCCCUCCCUGUCUGCAGCGAUGAUCAACGUGGAGACGGUUGUCGUCCUGGUCGUCCUCUGGGUGUGUGUUUGGUCGCAGGAGCCGAGCAAAGUGGUUGCCGACCGAUACGCCGUCUAUUGGAACAGCAGCAACCCGAGGUUUCUGAAAGGUGAUUUCCACAUUGAAGUAUGCAUCAAUGAUUACCUAGAUGUCUUCUGCCCUCAUUAUGAUGACUCUGUACCGGAAGACAAGACUGAGCGAUAUGUUCUCUACAUGGUGAAUUAUGAUGGCUACAGUUCAUGCGAUCACACCUCCAAAGGGUUCAAGAGAUGGGAGUGUAACAGGCCUUACGCAUCCAAUGGUCCUUUAAAAUUCUCUGAAAAAUUCCAGCUGUUUACUCCAUUUUCAUUAGGAUUUGAAUUUAGGCCUGGACGAGAAUAUUUCUACAUCUCUUCAGCUAUCCCAGAUAAUGGAAAGAAGACUUGUUUAAAAUUGAAAGUUCUCGUGCGACCAUCAAACAGCUGUUCGAAAACUGUAGGUGUACAUGAAAGUGUUUUCGGUGCUAACGACAGAGUAGACAGUUCAUUAGAACCAGCAGAUGACACCAUACAUGAAGCUGAGCCAUCGCGUGGUGAGAACAACGCUCAAAUACCCAGGAUAUCCCCGCUAAUUUUGGCAACUGUGCUGAUCCUUAUCAUGGCACUUUCUACAUUGUAGUGCUCAAAAAUCCAAGGAACCUCUGACACAGCAUGGCUGGAUCAGGAAACAACACGGAUUCUGUAACUGCACUGUUGAGGAGGGGGAGCAUUCAGUUUAUUCCAGACACAAGAUUUAUUUUACAUGAGGAGAGUAGAGAAUGAUUGGAGAGGGAAGAUGUAUCCAAACUGAUAAGCCCCCAAAAAUGCCAAAUUAUAUUUUGAGACUAAUGAUUCUUAUUUUCCUGUACAUUUGUCUUUCAAAAUACCCCUAGAUGGUUUAGCUCUUGUCAUCCAAGUACGGAUGCGAAACAGAAGUGGCAGAUGCAGUCACUGAAGAAUAAGAAUAUUGAGCAGAAGCCCAAGAGGGUUUAUACCUCCAUGCAAUAUUUAUACCUUCUCACUCAAUACCGUAAGAUGAUCAUGCAAAGCAUCGAGUCACCAUGUCAGGACUUGAGGGGUGAUAUUCUGAAUAGAUAUAACCCCAUCCCUCUCAGGAGUUAUAAUUCAACACGUGUCUGAAGCGACACUGCUCAUGCAGCCGCUAACAUUGUCUGUAAUAUUUUGUAUUUUUGACACAGUUCCUGUUUCACGAGCCCUUGUUCGGGUUCAGUAUUUUUGUAGGUGGUGUAUGUAGACAGAAUAACCUUUGAAGAAAUUGGGAAGCAAUACAGAACUGAGGGAUGGUGCAGUUAGCCAUAGGCUACUACCAUUCUGCAGAACUAUUUGAGAAACAAAAAAUAAAGGUUAAAUGAUAGGUUAGAAAUGCUGAUGUCAUUUGUAAUAUGGAUCGUUUUCAUGUGAACAAGGAUAGAUAUUGGGCUUAACUGAUAAUUUUGCAGUUUAUUUUAACUCUAUGUUCUAUAAUUGAAAAAGUUAAUGAACUGAGAAUGUAAAAAUACUGCAUUUUCUCCUGAUAAACUGGAUUACAAUCCAACUCUAUUAGUGAUGUAACCAUUGCAUUAUUUUGUUCUGAGCAGCUGUAGACUACAGUUCACUAUUGGACGUUAUUAAUUUCUGGCAGUUUAAUCUGUUCCACAGUGACUGUUGCCAAUAUAUUUUAGUCAAGAAUGGAUUCUACAUUAAAUGAUUACUUUUACACUCCUGGAGAAUUAUAACAAGAAAUGGAUGCCCCUAAUAUAAUGGAGGACAUUUACGACCAACCACUUUCUUGCUUCUUCACUUUUGGUUGCCUUUUUUUAAGCAGGGAAAUAAGGAUCAAUCUGUUCAGUGGAUACUAUGUAUCCUGUAAUAGUCUAUAACAUUAGUGUUAGCUUAGUACAUUGGUUUGUACCUUCUUCGAGGGCAAAAGGAAAAAAAAACUUGUUUAAAUCCUGUAUCAUUAGCAACCUAUGUUGUAAAUAGUGUUUGAUAAAGUAUUAAUUCCAAUUCUUACAUCUUUUAUAAUUGAAUACAAUAGAAUUUCUGGAUUUGACUGAGCAGGUUAAGCAAACAUCUGUGUUGGAAUGGACGAUGUAUUGCUACAAUACUGCGAGCUGCUUUGGCGAAUAAGUGCAAACGCUACAUACAGAAAGUUGCAAGAACAGGAACGGGAGCAGCUUGCAAAUUGCUUGUUAUGUGUGAGGAGAGUGAAGCAAAAAAAAAAAUUAACAUUCAACGUAUUGGUCCUAAAUGUUUGAGACGAUGUAGAAUUCUGGUCACAAACCCCUUUGUGAAGAGGCCUGGUAAUUCUGAAAGUUGAUCUAUUUGUGUUCCUGGUUUUCUUUCUCUCCCAGAGAUGAAGUGAAUGUUUUAUGGGAAGAUCUUGCCUUUAUCUUUGUAGCAUGCGUAUGGACUGGAGUUAAAAAAAACAAACGUUUGUCGAUAUACUUUUGUAAAUUUCGUCUACUGUUCCUUUUCCCCCCUUUGUGUGGAAGCAGUUCAUGACAAGGCCCCAAAUAGGGGUGUAUUAUACCUGUCAACCACAACCGCACUUCACUGACCUACCUUGCAAUGUGGAAUGGAAAUGGUUCUAUAAAUUUUAGAAGCAUAGAAAUUAAUCCACUCCCCCUUUAUUCACUCCACGUAGAUCCGCUGUUCCCUGCUUUCAUUGGAGCCUUCAUUGAGCGGUGAAUGGGUAAAUCUGUUCUAUUUGGCAACUCCAAGUUUUUCCCAUGCAUUAGCCCCCAGACCGCUCUGAUGCGAGACGAAUCUUCUUACAAUAGCGUUGCUGCCAUUGUCUGUACAGUUUAAUAAAUGCUGGCAUGCUGAAGGUUACUCAUGGAGUCCGCUAAAUCUAUUUUAGAAGCUUACUCUUGACACUCCGUUAGAGCCACUCAUUGUGUGUGCGUCUGGAUAUUAGAGUCCAGUUCAUUGUUGUCCUGUGCCUGUACUGCCCUGCUCAAGAACCGCUUGAAAAGCAGAUUCUUUGCACUUAUUGACGAGUGCAUUUUGACUUGCUUAUGAGGGGAGAAUAAACAAACCUGUGGCGUACUGCCAUCUGGAACCACUCUAUACAUCUGUUUUGUAUAUACACGUGUCUGAGCAACUAUACAUAAAUAAAACUGAAGGUGUUCAUUAUAAAUAGUAUGGAUGUUCAAUGUCUUUGGCUAUUAAACGUUUGAAAAUA